AGUUCUUCCCCUUGUCACUUGUGCCUUUCGUAACGAUUUGUUUUGCUUUCUCUGAACUUUGGUAAACCGUGAAAAGUAAUUUUGCACGACAAAUUGACAGGACCCCUUUUUUGUGUAUUUUUCAGUACUUUUCCGUGUUUAUUCCUAUAAAAGCCACGUUAAAGUCUGUCAACUGGAUUUGCUUCUUCCUUCACUCAAGUUUGGCUGCUUCUUCGUGUGAUUCUUGAAGUGGAGCAGUCCAGAUAACUUCUCGAUCGGAGAUUGUUGCGGCGUUCUGGUCUUUCGCGCACGCUCUGGUGGGAGAACAGGAAAGCCUCUGACUCAGCCAGCAGCCUCUUCGAUUUCGCGCUGUUCCCCGUGACAGUACUCGGAAGGGGCUCGAGAUUGACCUUCUACAUAGGACAGCCCAGUCAGUGGGGAAGAAAAGCAGAAUGGCGCUGUUUACCAAUUUGCAGUCACCUCCUGGCUAUGAUAUGGGCAGUGGGAAUAAUAAUCCUGCACUCAUGGAGACUGUCCGGUUGUACAAGAACAGCAAGGAACGCGAUUGGUAUGAAAAUAUGAGUGAUUUGUAUGCAGUCAUCAAUUCCAUUGAGCAGCUGGAAAAGGCUUACAUUCGGGAUUGCAUAACAUCAAAGGAGUACACCGCGGCAUGCUCGAAACUGCUCGUACAAGUGAAAUCUGCCUUUAAAUUAAUUAAAUCGGAGGAGUUUCCCACGAUAGAAGCGUUUAUGGAAAAGUUUCGAUUUGAUUGCCCAGCCGCCAUGGAACGCAUCAGAGAUGACAGUCCUAUUACCAUCCGUGAUGAUAAAGGGAACACCAGUAAAUGCAUUGCGGAUAUCGUGGCGCUGUUCAUAACGGUGAUGGAUAAGCUUCGGCUGCAAAUGAAAGCUGUCGAUGAGAUACAACCGGAAAUGAGAGAUCUGAUGGAUACGAUUAACCGCUUGAGCAUCCUUCCGGCUGAUUACGAAGGCCGCGCGGCUGUUUCUAAAUGGUUGCACGUGAUGUCCUCAAUGAACGCAUCUGAAGAAUUUGAUGAUGGGCAGAUCCGACAGAUGAUUUUCGAUCUCGAAAGUGGCUAUAGUGCUUUACUGAAGCUGCUGCAUAGCACUUCUUGAUCCUGACAGUAUCAUUCCCUGGCUAUUGGAGUAUAAGUUGACGAUUUUCCAGCUCAAAGGUUUCGCUUUUGUGUUAAAAGUCUCUUCAUCCGUUGAUUUUUGUCCAAAAGGAUUUUAUUUAUUGCUUUUUAUUUGGAAACUAGUGCGUACACAAGUGCGGUUUAUGUUGUGAGCCAGUGUAUUAGCUACUUUUAAACAUGUGGCGUUUCGCUUUUCGGGUACGUUUAGUUCUUCGUGUACUUAAUAUUUUGAAAAAUAAAUACUGCAGUCGGUGA